GAUCACGUGAUCCGCUAUGGCUCUCCGCCGCUGAUGUCCCGGCUGCCGGGAAGAUAAGAUGGCCGCCUGCUACUAAGACUGACGGUGACGGCUGCGGGUUGUGCGCGGACAUCGGACUCUCUCUCUCGUUUGUCCUUAGACUGCAGACCCAACUGUGACGAUGGCGAGCCUGGUACCACAGAACCUGUUAUCCUACGUGGAAGAGGGCAAUAUAGCUGUUCUGAAGACUGUCUUGGAGAAAUGCAAGGAUGUGGAUGAGAGAAAUGAGAAUGGGCAGACUGCGCUGAUGCUAGCAGCCGAACAGGGCAACUUGGAGAUUGUCCAGGAGCUGCUCCAAAAAAGAGCCAACUGCAACCUAGAGGAUGUUGAUAACUGGACUGCGCUCAUUUCUGCCGCCAAGGAAGGGCAUCUGGAGAUUGUUAGGGAACUAGUAGACUGCAAUGCCAACCUGGAGCACCGUGAUAUGGGAGGAUGGACCGCACUUAUGUGGGCUUCAUACAAAGGAUGCACUGAGGUUGUGGAUCUUCUUCUGUCUAAAGGAGCAAAUCCUAACAUAACUGGCCUGCAAUACAGCGUGUACCCCAUUAUUUGGGCAGCUGGGCGAGGACACUCCGAUAUACUCAAGCUUUUACUGCAGUACGGAGCGAAGGUCAAUUGCUCGGACAAGUAUGGAACUACUCCCCUGAUUUGGGCUGCAAGAAAGGGGCACUUGGAAUCUGUCAAGUCUCUGCUACAGAGGGGAGCUGAUGUGGAUCAGGAGGGAGCUAACUCCAUGACCGCUCUGAUUGUAGCAGUAAGAGGCGGCUACACGAACACCGUAAAGGAGAUUUUGAAGAGGAACCCCAAUGUAAAUCUGACAGAUAAAGAUGGUAACACAGCUUUAGCUAUUGCCGCCAAGGAAGGUCACACUGAGAUUGUACAGGAUCUGCUCGAUGCCGGAACCUAUGUCAAUAUUCCUGACCGAAAUGGAGACACUGUCCUGAUUGGCGCUGUACGUGGCGGCCAUGUGGAAAUUGUCCGUGCCUUGCUGCACAAAUAUGCUGAUAUAGACAUCAGAGGACAGGAUAACAAAACGGCGUUGUACUGGGCUGUAGAGAAAGGAAAUGCUACUAUGGUUCGUGAUAUCCUCCAGUGUAACCCGGACACUGAGUUCUGCACAAAGGAUGGAGAGACCCCACUGAUUAAGGCGACAAAGAUGAGAAGCAUUGAAGUGGUGGAGCUCUUGCUCGACAAAGGCGCAAAGGUGUCUGCAGUUGAUAAGAAAGGAGAUACUCCACUUCACAUUGCUAUCAGGGGCAGAAGCCGGAAACUUGCAGAGCUGCUGCUGAGGAACCCGAAAGAUGGGCGUUUACUGUACAGACCUAACAAAGCUGGAGAGACCCCGUACAACAUAGACUGCAACCACCAGAAGAGCAUUCUCACCCAGAUAUUCGGGGCCAGGCAUCUUUCUCCUACCGAAUCUGAUGGUGACAUGCUGGGGUAUGACUUGUACAGCAGUGCCCUGGCUGACAUUCUCAGUGAGCCCACCAUGCAGCCACCCAUCUGCGUCGGACUUUAUGCUCAGUGGGGAAGUGGAAAGUCGUUUUUGCUUAAGAAGCUUGAAGAUGAAAUGAAGACCUUUGCUGGGCAGCAGAUUGAGCCACUCUUCCAGUUCUCCUGGCUCAUUGUAUUUCUCAUCUUGAUGAUGUGUAGCACUCUUGGGCUGCUGCUGGCGUUCACCGUGGAUGCUAAGCUGGGGAUAUCGGUGUCACUCAGUUUAUUGGCUGUCCUCUACAUAUUCUUCACUGUGGUGUACUUUGGUGGACGACGAGAGGGGGAGAAUUGGAACUGGGCCUGGGUGCUGAGUACAAGGCUGGCACGUCAUAUUGGGUACCUGGAGCUACUGCUGAAAUUAAUGUUUGUGAACCCUCCGGAGCUCCCAGAACAGACCACCAAGGCCUUGCCAGUCAGGUUCCUUUUCACAGACUACAAUAGACUGUCCAGUGUUGGGGGUGAGACGUCCAUGGCGGAAAUGAUUGCCACUCUGUCUGAUGCGUGUGAGAGGGAGUUCGGCUUUUUAGCAACUCGACUCUUCAGGGUGUUCAAAACAGAGGAAACACAAGGGAAAAAGAAAUGGAAGAAGACCUGUUGCCUCCCAUCAUUUGUCAUCUUCAUCUUUAUCAUGGCGUGCAUCUUUACUGGUGUCAUCUUACUGGCGGUCUUUAAAGUGGAUGCGAAGAACAUGACAGUGAACUCUAUUCUGAUAGCCGUGGCCUGCGUGGUUGGCCUGGUGUUAGUCUUGAAUUGUCUCACAUGGUGGCAGGUCAUGGAUUCCAUAUUGAACUCCCAGCGUAAGCGACUGCACAGCGCAGCCUCCAGACUUCACAAAUUGAAGAGCGAGGGGUUCAUGAAGGUUCUAAAGUGGGAAGUGGAACUGAUGGCUAAAAUGGCAAAGACCAUAGAUGGCUUCACACAAAACCAGACCAGACUGGUUGUGAUCAUUGAUGGGCUGGAUGCCUGUGAGCAGGAUAAAGUUCUACAUAUGUUGGACACAGUCCGCAUUUUGUUCUCAAAGGGUCCGUUCAUAGCAAUCUUUGCCAGUGACCCACACAUUAUUAUUAAGGCCAUAAACCAAAACCUUAAUAGCGUUCUGAGAGACUCUAACAUUAAUGGACAUGAUUACAUGCGCAAUAUUGUGCACCUGCCGGUCUUCCUGAACAGCCGUGGCUUCGGCAAUGCCAGAAAGCUAUGCGUGGCAUCAACUACCAACGGAGAUGUGCAAGGGCUGGAUAAUGCAGGGGGCAAUGAAGAUCCUGAUCGACGGGUGUCACAGCACAGUCUUGCGGAGGCCACGAAACUUGGCAGCAAAACAGCGUUGAACAGACGGGAUACGUACAGGAGACGGCAGAUGCAGCGCACUGUCACCCGCCAGAUGUCAUUUGACCUGACCAAACUGCUGGUAACAGAAGACUGGUUCAGUGACAUCAGUCCCCAGACCAUGAGAAGAUUAUUAAACAUUGUUUCAGUAACAGGAAGGUUAUUGAGAGCAAACCAGAUACAUUUUAAUUGGGACAGGUUGGCCUCCUGGAUAAACCUUACAGAACAGUGGCCGUAUAGAACGUCCUGGCUGAUUCUGUACCUGGAGGAGACGGAGGGGGUCCAUGAUCAAGCAACUCUGAAGACGAUUUAUGAAAGAAUUUCUAAAAAUAUCCCCACUACAAAAGACGUGGAACCGUUACUUGAAAUUGAUGGCGACAUUAGAAAUUUUGAGGUUUUUCUAUCAUCCAGGACGCCAGUGCUUGUGUCACGGGACGUUAAGACUUUCUUACCAUGCACAGUUAACUUGGAUCCAAAACUUCGGGAAAUCAUUGCAGACGUGCGUGCUGCCAGGGAGCAGAUGAAUAUUGGGGGCUUCCCCUAUCCUACCUUGCCCUUACAAGAUGCUCCACCCAGGGCAACCUCUGUGUUUAGCCAGCCACCCUCUGUCUGCUCCUCCUCCUCAUUUAAUGGGCCGUUUCCUGCAGGGGUUAUGUCGCCACAGCCUCCCAGCAGUUACUAUAGCGGUAUGACUGGCCCUCAGCAUCCAUUCUAUAAUCGGCCAUUCUUUGCACCUCAUGCUUACCUACCGAGAUAUUACUUUCCAAACUCUCAACAUCCCAUAUCACGUCCGUCUGUAAAACCCAGUAUUUCCAGAGAUCAGACCACUGGCUUAGACAUUAUUGAAGAAGAUGCAGCGGAGACUGUGCCUACUCCCACACACUCGCCUCUGGCUACAGGUGGCAGCGUUGUCGGAGCGCACGGUUCUGCGCUGGCAUCCAUGAAUGUGGAAGCUGUGUGUGAAAAACUGAAGCAAAUUGAUGGCAUUGACCAGAGCAUGUUGGCUCAGUACACUGCAACCAUCCACAAGGCCAACAUCAAUGGCCGGGUCCUGACACAGUGCAGCAUGGACGAGCUGAGGAAAGAGAUGAGCAUGAAUUUCGGAGACUGGCAUCUUUUCAAAAGCGCACUUCAAGAAAUGAGAAGCUCUGACAUGCAGAUUCAUCCUGAAGAACCCCGGAUGGUGACCGAACAGGUCAGAAACAUGGCAGCACAUGGCGACAUCGGCCGCCGUACAGUACCAAACCCAGAUUUGCCACACACGGACCUUGCUGGUCAGAACUACGACUUCAGUUUUAGCUUUGAGGAGCUGAACGCGCUGGGCUUUGAAGAGGCGCCACGGAAUGUUGGUGUGGCUUGGCAGGGACGGCCACAUAGAACCCCAAGUUUGACCAGCCUUAAUUCCCAGGACUCCACCCAUGAAAUCAUAAAGUUGACCGAUAAAGUUCAAGCAGAAUAUAGAGAUGCAUACAGAGAGUACAUAGCUCAGAUGGCCCAAAUUGAAGGUGCGGUGAGUUCUACUACAAGUGGCAGGUCUUCUCCAAUGAGCUCCAGUGCUUACUACAUUGGGCAGAGCACUUCUGUGAGCUCCAUUCACUCCAGUGCAGAUCAAGAUAAAGGUAAAGAUUUAGAGCCCAAGCAGGAAGAUGGAAGAAAAACCUUUCUGUUGAAGAGAAAUGAUGUUGUCGAUUACACGUCCUCAACGGUUUCUACUACUGAUGCUUCUCCUCUGGACCCAAUUACAGAAGAAGAUGAGAAGUCCGACCAGUCUGGAUCAAAGCUUCUUCCAAGUAAAAAGAAUGCAGAGAGAACCAAUCUCUUCCAAGCAGCAGAUCUAAAACUUAAAGGAACUGGUCUUCGCUACCAGAAGCUGCCAAGUGAUGAAGAUGAGUCGGGGCCAGAGGAAUCCGACAACACUCCACUUCUUAAGGAAGGCAAAGACAAAAAACCUGAUGCACCCAAAGAUAAUGUGGCUGACUACUCACCUGAGGCUGUCAGAACAUUCAUCAAAGCAAAGGAGUAUUUAUCUGACGCUAUGCUUGACAAGAAAGACUCCUCCGACUCUGGUGUGAGGUCCAACGAAAGUUCUCCAAACCAUUCUCUCAACAAUGAAGCUACAGACGACUCCCAACUUGAAAAAGCUAACCUUAUUGAGCUUGAGGAUGAUCGUAUGAGAGGGAAGAGGGGCAUACCAAACAGUCUGAGCGGCCUUCAGGACCCCUCCAUAGCUCGCAUGUCUAUCUGCUCUGAAGACAAGAAAAGCCCAUCAGAGAGCAGUCUUAUAGCCAGCAGUCCUGAGGAGAACUGGCCAUCUUGCCAGAAAGGCUACAAUCUCAAUCGCACUCCCAGUACAGUGACCCUCAACAACAAUACUGCAAAUCAAAAUUUUGAAGCCACAGAGGAAGCAAAAGAAGAAUCUCCAAUCAUAGUUGUGCCUGGGUCCAGCCCCGUGCACAAUGAAAACCUGAAGCGCAUGACCAACAAGAGAGGUCAACGUUCAGGAUACAGCCGAUUGGCAAAAGAUGCGUCUGAGCUGCGCACCGUCUCUACCAGUGACACUGCUGGCUUUGCAGAAGAACGAGAGAGACCUGGCAAAUAUUUAAAUGCACACACCAGCAAGUAAACUAGUAAAGAGCAUUGAAUCCUUUCAGCCACCGUAGCUCCGCUUCGCAGAUCUUUCUGCUGCCUUUUCCAUGUGAAAAGAAGAGAAGAUCUUGUUCCAGAGAAUUUCUUACCACUAGAUUUUGUGCUCUUCAUUAGCCUGUUUGUUAUGCCAUCAUGCCCUCAUUCUAUAAACGUGCAUAAUGAAUCAUUCACGAGCCACUUUUAUUUACAUAUGUCAACAAAAUCACAACUAUCAUAUUAAAAAUACCUCUUUAAGUUUCUAAAGCGUUGUAUGGGGAUUUGUUUAAAAAAGAAAAUCUCCUUGUAAAAGUCUUCACAACCACCUAUAAUUAGGCAUGUUAGCCUUGAACGACAGAGGUUUGUAUGGGGUUGGUGAAGCCUGAUAAGCAGUGCACUGGGGAGUGGUCUGCACUUAUUCUAAACAAAUGCUAAUUUGUUUUAAGGGAUGACACUCUACCCCUCUCUUAUUUAGUCUUUGUAUAUAUACACGCAUACGCAAUGUUUGGGUUUGAAACCGUAGUGGAUCUAACUGUAGUCGUAAAUCUAAAUCAAACCACAAGGAAAUGCAGUCGGAACACAGCUGCCAGGGUCCCCUGCAACAGUGAAUAGAAAAUUCUUUCAAUUGCGGUCUUGGAUUUAUUUAAUAAUGAUGACAAUAAUUGAGGUUCGUAAAUCGCCCCCAAACCACCAUUUUAAUAUGUCAGUGUGCCAGACAUCAUUGAAAAUUCUAGAACGUUGGUGUGAAUUUCCCCAGUUCACACAUAUAUUGGAAUUACUGGUUUAGAUCUUAAAUACAGUUAAGAAUAUUAACCUCUUUUCGUUAUCUGUCCAAUAUUUCGUUUUGUGCGGGCAAAGUAUACAAGGGUGUGAAGACUUUUACAAGGGUCUUGACAUGCCGUUUUCAAAACUGUUGCCAUCUUCUCUCACUAUAAAUCCAUCACUGUAACUCUUGGUUCUUAGAGUGGUUAUGUUUUUUUCUCUUUCUAAAGAGUUUCCAGGUUCGGCUCUGAUUUGAUCUGAAUUCAAAUCUGUGUAUUAUUAUUGUUGGUGUUCACAAGUGUAAUUUGACAGUGUAAAAGUGAGCUUGUCUAGUGCCAUAAUGCUUUCUAUACCGUGGUUUAUUGCCUGUGAUGCACACCUUGAAUACAUUGUCUGCAUGUGAUUUGCAUGCUCUAGAGGUGUAGUUAUUAUCAGAACGUUUAAUAUUGUGCUAUCCUUGUCUGUUUUUACGUCAUAUCACCACUGUUAUCCUAACCUGGAGAUACACAGUCCUCUUAUUCAAUCCGAUUGUCAAAGAAUUUGUAGACGUGUGAUCUUUUCUAGUUAAAUGUUGAUGUUGACAUCAAUAAUCUAAUUGGGUUAGGUUGGAUGUUUUUGCCCCAAACAAUUGUGCUGGAGCAGAUUGAAGUGUGCGUACUGUACUUGCGCAAUUGCUGUCUACUGUACUUAUCAUUACCAUACAGUACACAUGCACUAAAAAUGGAAUUUUAUCACUGUAGGAUCCAUAUCAUGUGUGUACAGCAAUUACCCGUUUCUUGACACACAAUUAGAAGUCUGAAAAUAAUUUGGAUUAGAAAGACAUUAUUCAAAAAUAUACUAAAAUUGUUGAUAGAAUCCAGAAAAAAUACUCUCUCCCAGUCUAGAAAGAGUGCUGCACGCAGUCUACCUAGAUAUCUAGAUGGAAACUGCCAUGUGUACUGGUGUGUAAGAGUGGAUACUUGUGGGAUAAAUAACAGGUGUAUCUCUGUCGUUAAUUACAAUAGGUUGCAGCUUUCUCCCAUGCGUACAUGUGAACGUUCUAUAGAUAAUCACGUAAUGUAGUGUUCUAGAAUGCUCCUGCGUUAAGGUAUCUGUAGGUGCCAGUAGAUCUCCCUUCUGCUGACCAGGCUAGUAUUGCUGUAGGAAGGGUCACAUGACUCUGAUCCAGGUAACAGAACGAUCCGCGCCCACCUGACCCUGCCAUAUUAAAAGCGAGAGUACGGUUACCCUUGUGUCAUUUGAUGAGUCGCACGUAGAUUAAAUUAGCCUGGAAUAUCUGGUUAUCUGGAAUGAGUAAUCAUUGUCAUACUCGUGCGACACCAUGCCGUCUGCAUAAGGCACAUUACGCCCACAUGAGAUAGCUUACAUCUUUUUCUAAAGAAAAAAUGACAUUUUACAGCAGCUCACCCCAAAGUGCUGUUGGAGUGAUGGUGGUGGCCCCAGGUGCCAGUUUUUGCCCAGCAGCAGUUAGUGUCCCUGUCUGAGGUGUUGGUGAGAGAUCUGGCAGCUGGGCGUUAGAGCCUCCCUCUGUCAGAGUGUUACAGGCAGACCUACCACCUGUUUAUGGAGCUUGCAUGAUACUAUUUCAGUGUCACAAAGUGUUGUUAACAGUGUUGUGCUAAAUAUGUGGAAAUAAAUUAACUCCUAAGCA